AUGGUGAUUAAAUCACGUUUCUCGGUCCCAAUCCCUCAAGUCUCAGUCCCAACCUACAUAUUUGAAUCGCCCACUGCUCCUCUCCCCAACCAACCCGCCUACAUUUCCUGCGAAUCGCCAGAAAAAUACCAAAUCUCACUACCCGAGUACCGUCUCUAUGCGCAACGCUUCGCCUCCGGACUACGACGCAUGGGUCUACAACCAGGGGAGCGUGUACUCUUGUUCUCAGGCAAUACACUCUUCUUCCCCAGUGUAGUCAUGGGCAUCAUCAUGGCCGAGGGAAUCUUCACUGGCGCAAAUCCAACUUACGUUGCACGAGAACUGGCAUACCAGCUUAAAGACAGCGGGGCACGGUAUUUACUCUGUGCAGAGAACGGUUUGGACACUGGCAUCGCAGCCGCCAAAGAAGCCGGGAUGGCAGCAUCCCAAAUCUUCGUCUUUGACGACGGCAUCGCUACAUUCGAGGGGCGGAAAGUCGAACGUAGCACGGAAUUGGGCCACAUCCGGCAUUGGACAGAGCUGCUAGACGACGUAGAACGCGGCGCUGCAUACGCAUGGCCAGAACUGAAAACAAAAGAGGAACUCGACCGCGUUGUCAUACUCAACUACUCGUCCGGUACCACUGGCGUGGCAAAAGGCGUCAUGAUAACGCACAGGAACCAUAUUGCAAACUGUGUUCAAAUACUACACGUGAACAGCCAGCGGCAAAACUACGAGGAAAGUCAGAAGCGGGCGAGACAACUUUGUCUUCUGCCCAUGUACCACGCCUACGCGCAAUCUGUAUUUGCCAUUUCCGCUCCGAAGCAACGUGUGCCAGUCUACAUGCUGGCCAAGUUCGACCUACUGCAGAUGCUGGAGUGCGUACAGAAGUUCCGCAUCACGGAUCUCGCUUUGGUGCCGCCGGUUGUCGUGGGCAUGGCCAAGCAUCCAGUGACGAAGAAGUUCGAUUUGAGCAGUGUGGAACAUGCGGGUUGUGGUGCUGCACCGCUGGGCCGCGAGAUCAGUGUUGAGUUUGAACAGCUCUGGUCUGGUGGCGCAGUCAACUUGAAGCAGGGCUGGGGUAUGACGGAACUUACAUGCGCGGGGACUAUCUGGGGCCCGAAUCGCAGGUCUACCAAUGCUUCGGUUGGCGAGAUUCUGCCCAACUGUGAGAUGAAAAUCGUGCUAGAUGAGGCUGGGGUAGUUGAAGCGCCGCAAGGUGAGAGGGGAGAGAUCUGGAUUAGGGGCCCGAAUGUCAUGAAGGGGUAUUGGAAUAAGCCGGAUGCGACAAAGGAGACGCUGACUGAGGAUGGGUGGUUGAAGACGGGCGAUGUGGCAUAUGUGAAUGCGGAUAACUAUCUGUUUAUUGUGGACAGGAAGAAGGAGCUGAUUAAGGUUAAGGGACUGCAGGUUGCGCCUGCUGAGUUGGAGGCGUUACUGCUGGAUCAUCCAGACGUACAAGAUGUUGCUGUCAUCGGUGUUACUGCUAACGAUACUGAGCUACCAAGAGCAUAUAUUGUGCUCAAAACAGCGGAUAAGAAAACAGCAGCUACUGCAGAGAAGAUCAAGAGUUGGCUUGCGGAGCGUGUGUCUAAAUUCAAACGGCUAGAAGGUGGUGUGCACUUUGUCGAUACCAUUCCGAAGAAUCCGACGGGCAAGAUUCUGAGGAGAGAAUUGAGGGAAAUGGCUGCACAAGAGAAUACAAGGGCGAAAUUGUGA